AUGUCCAAGAUCCCAGGCAUGCAGCAUCUGCAGUCGUUCACCCACCGCAAGGAGAAGGAGUGCCGAAAGCCCGAAGAGGGACUCAAGAAUGACUUGAUCAUUCGCGCUGCUCGUGGUCACCAGACUGAGCGAGCCCCGUGCUGGAUCAUGCGCCAGGCUGGCCGAUACCUUCCAGAAUUCCGCAAGAUCCGAGAAGACCACGACUUUUUCGAAUGCUGCCGAAACCCCGAGCUGGCUUCCGAGAUCACGGUGCAACCCAUUCGACGCUACACGGGACUGUUGGAUGCCGCCAUCAUCUUUUCGGAUAUUCUGGUCGUGCCGCAAGCUAUGGGCAUGGAAGUGGAGAUGCUGCCUGCCAAAGGGCCUCACUUCCCCGACCCGCUGGUGACGCCCAAGGACGUCUCGACCAAGCUCAAGAAGAAGGUGGACGUUGACAAGGAGCUCGGCUACGUGUACGAAGCGAUCAAGAUGACGCGCGACAAGCUGGACGGCGAGGUGCCGCUGAUUGGCUUCUGCGGUGCUCCUUGGACGCUGAUGGCGUACAUGGUGGAAGGCGGAGGCAGCAAGACAUUCGAAAAGGCCAAGGCUUGGCUGUUCAAGUAUCCCGAAGAGUCUAAGGAGCUGCUGCAGAGGAUUGCCGAUGUGUGCACCGACUUCCUCGUUGGCCAGGUCAAGGCUGGCGCGCAGCUGUUGCAAGUGUUCGAUUCGUGGGCUGGCGAGCUUUCGCCUUCCGACUUCCGCCAGUUCUCGUUGCCCUACUUGCGAUCGAUCGCUGCCUCGGUGCGCGACAUUCUUUCGACCAAGUCGAUCCCAUGCCCGCCGUUGAUCGUGUUUGCCAAGGGCGCGCUGGGUCACUCGCUGCCCGAGGUGGUCAAGGCCGGCUACGACGUGGUGGGUCUGGACUGGACGGUGGAGCCUUGUGUUGCUCGCAAGGUGGUGGAGCUCGCCUCGCCGGGUGGUUCGACGUAUAAGGAUGCCAGCGGGUCAAAUGAGGCGGGCCACCGCUUGGCGCUGCAGGGCAACAUGGACCCAGCGGUGCUGUACGCGGGCAAGGAUGCGAUCGAGGCCAAGGUGGAGGAGAUGCUGCGAUCCAAGAAGGGUGGCUUCGGCGGUGGUGGAGCCUACAUUGCCAACCUAGGCCACGGCAUCACGCCUGGUGUGGAUCCCGAGGCGGUCAGGAUCUACCUCAAGGCGGUGCACAGGAUCAGCAGGGAGGUCAACAGUGCACAGGAUGAAGAGUGA